CACAACCUACCAUUUCUUCUGAAACACAUCAACAUGGGAUGCCUAAUGAUACCUCUUCAGAUCACGAUCAUCACGACCAUGAGGAAUUGUCUAAAGAGACCAACCUCGAAGAUCACGAUCAUUACGACCAUGAGGAAACUUCUAAAGAGACCAACCUCGAAGAUGAGUUAUUAAAUGCGCAAAACCUUUAUGUUACAUAUUUGAUUAAUAGAUUCGGUAGUGAUGGUGUAUUAAACUAUGACAGUAUUAUACAUAUGUUGGAGAGCCUGGGGAUAAAUCUUAAAGUACCAGCAAACCACUCCCAUACUGAACACUCUCAUCAAGUACCUGAUAGUCAUGCCGGACAUAGUCAUGAUGCAGAUCAUUCAGAGCAUAUUCAUGACUCAGAUCACGAAAAACAUAAUACAGAAACAGACCACAAAGAUCAUCAUCAUGAUGGCUCAGAUCAUGAAAAUCAUGAUCAUGACUCGGAUCAUAAAAAUCAUGAUCAUGACUCGGAUCAUGAAAAUCAUGAUGACCAUCAAGAUCAUCACCAUACACAUUCUAAUAAUACAAGUGUAAGUAGUCAUAAACUUUCAAAUAACUCUGAUCAUGAUGUACGUAGACGUCGCUCAAGCAGUCUUGUGAGGAGGCAAAAAAGGAAGAUACAAAAUGAAUCGGAGGACUCUCACAAUCACUUAGAGGGAGGUGUUGAAUCUCAGGCAAAUAAUAAAAAGUGUGAUGACCUGAUCAGCCGGUUUCACAUUCACCGGGAUGAGACAGUGACAACUAACCGGUUACUACAGAUGUGUCCAGGGAUACUGUUCACACUCUCCCGGGCCGAGUGUAGGAAAAAGGUCACUGACCAUCAAGCCCACCCAGUCAAACAGGCUAUCAAUAUCGCUUUCAAAGAUAUACCAGCAGAAGUGUGGGGAUAUUCAACCAUUGCUGUUGUGGUCAUCAGUUUGGUUGGGCUUCUUGGUGUAGCCGUUGUCCCUAUCAUGCAGAAAGUCUUUUACAACCACCUGCUCCUGUUCCUAGUGGCUCUGGCUGUGGGGGCCCUAGCGGGGGACGCCUUAUUACAUCUCCUACCACAUGCACUGCAGGGUGGUCAUGACCACAGUAGUCAUGGUAACAGUGAGGCAGAUAACAGCCACAAGACAGCUGUCCUGAAGGGUCUGUGCGGAAUGGGUGCUAUUUUCCUCUUCUUCACCAUGGAGAGGGUGCUGUCUAUUGUCACAGACCUCAAACGCAAGCACCAGAAGAAAGGGUCUGUGUUUGUGAGGGAGUCCGGGGAUUUAGCUGAUGACAAUACAAGCAUUCCACUGACAGAGUGUGGUGCCAUGCAUGUCACUGACCCUGACUGUAAGGAGCAGAUCAUGGGCAUCCAUCCAGGACAAAAAGCCCUCACCAACUUCGCAGAGUCAUCCCAUAAGAAUUGUUCACGUGACCAUGAGGACCACAAUGACAAGGACAAACAGUUUGACAUGGUUGAUCAGGAGAACCCCAGUUCCGUGCUCAGCCAUUCCCAUCAUCAUCAUGGACACUCCCACAUACUGCCAACUUCUGUGGCGUCCAUUGCAUGGAUGGUCAUUCUUGGAGAUGGAAUCCACAACUUCUGUGACGGGUUGGCGAUCGGCGCAGCCUUCUCAAACUCCAUAACUGGUGGCUUCAGUACAUCUGUGGCCGUUUUCUGCCAUGAGCUACCUCAUGAAAUUGGUGAUUUUGCUGUGUUGCUGAGGGCAGGAAUGACGGUGAAACAGGCGGUCAUGUAUAACUGUGUGUCCUCCAUCCUCGCAUUGGUUGGCAUGAUAAUUGGUGUUGCUGUUGGAAAUUUUGGGGACUCCAUUACCUGGGUGUUCGUGUCGGUGGCGGGCAUGUUCCUGUACAUAGCACUCGUUGAUAUGUUGCCCGAGUUAACCGCAGUGGACACGCGACAAGGUGAACAUCCAUUUUCCCACCUUCUCAUCCAGUUAGGCGGCAUGAUCCUAGGGGCAACCAUUAUGCUCAUCAUCGCUCUGUAUGAAAAAAACUUGAUGAACAUCUUGGAACCAGUGUAAUUUCUGAAGCCGCUAGCACAAUGUUCGUGGAGAAGUGACCAAGUGAGGAACUGUUAUGGAUCUGGUAUAACUGGGAAACAGCCAGCACAGGGAUCAUGAAAC